UCGAUUCUGUAAUUUAGACUAUUAUGUUCCUUGGAAUUUACCUAUUUAUAUUUUAAUAAUUAAUUAUAAUUAUUUUUUACUAUUAUUACAAUUGGUGUUAACUAUAUUUACAGCCUUAUAGUUAGUAAUAAUGGAUAUUACACCAUUAUUUAGAGCUUGCAUAAAAACAGUCAAAACACGCAACAAGGCAUUUGGUAUUCAAAGUCCUGUAAACGAAGAUAAACAGCGCCUAUUCAGAAUUAAGCCAAAGACUGUUUUUACACUUACCGCUAAGGAUAUUACGUCCCAAAUAACUAGAUUACGCGACUUUUUGCUAGAACACAGGGAAAGGUAUUUGAGUUUUUUUAACAAUGUUAACGGGAACGAAAUGUCCGAAGCCGAUAGGGAUCAAAUUGAUACUGGAGCGCAGAGGAUCAUCAACACCUGUUCACACUUGUUGAAAGAAUUUAGGAAUGAUAAUCGCAAGUUGUCUGUCUCGCAGCAGACCAGGGAACAUAUGGAUGCAGUUAUUAAUUUAAUAGAUAUGUACUUAAAAGCUGUUUGUAAAAUCCACAGUGAAUUAAAAGCACUGAGGGUCAAACGUGCGCUUGAUAUUCGCAAGUUGUCCCGUCUGGAGCUUCCACAGACUAAAUCAAAUAUUCCAAAUCCUUUUUCAAUUAAUAAAGGGCAAGAGAAAGAGGCAGAAACAGUGGAAGAACCGGAUAGUGCGAAAAGGAAAUUGAAUUUGUCCGAGAAUGAAACAGCUGUAAUUGCUGAUGAGGAAGAGUUGAGUACAGAAGAGUUGCAGAUGUUUGAAUCUGAAAAUGUUCAGUUGCUAAAUGAAUUGAACAGCAUGACAGAGGAAGUUAAACAGAUUGAAAGUAAAGUACUCCACAUAGCCGAGUUGCAGGAGAUAUUUACGGAAAAGGUAUUGCAACAAGAGCAGGAUAUUGACAGGAUAUCAACAACAGUUGUAGGUGCUACAGAGAAUGUAAAAGAUGCAAAUGAACAAAUCAAACAGGCUAUCCAGAGAAAUGCCGGUUUGAGAGUCUACAUAUUGUUCUUUUUGCUAGUUAUGUCAUUUACUCUACUAUUCUUGGAUUGGUAUAAUGAUUAA